AUGCAUCAACAUACGCCAUCUGGCCCGGCCGCGGAAUACUCUCCCGAGAAAGUGGUGCCGUCUUCUGGCGGCCAUGCGGCACUUGCUCCUCAGCCCAUAAUCUGGGGGCACGACAACGAACCGGCAGGACCACCCCCACCAUCGUACAAUGAUUCUAUCCAAGCAUCGCCCAGCAAUGUCACCACGUACGGUUUUUACCAUUUUACACACUUCGAUGAAGGCUCGUCGCAAUCUAGUUCUGCGUACCCCCAGCCCAGCAGCUCUUCAUUCUCGACAUCAUACCAAUACGCCUCUGUUACCAGACAGACCUCCGCUCAAAGUUCCCUAAGCACAACAGAUUCUCUGGACGGCUCUAGUACCGUAUGCAUCGCGAGCUCGGCGUACGCCCCUUCUUCGUCCGAGACAGGCGAUACAUCAAGCAUCUCCGGAUCCAGCAAGUUGCGAGGCUUCUCGCCCAGCGCGAGCGUUUCGCAACUAUUUAGUCCUCCUCCACAGUCCUUCUAUCGGACGCCGCCGGCGUAUCUUCCUUACACGCCGUUUGAAACGACGGCACUGUUCGGAUAUAGCAGCAAGCUCGAGAAAGGAUUCCCACACGUACCACCGUUUUCCUCCUGCGAUCCCCACCUCUUUGUUACGCACGAUGUGAACCAAGAAGAUUGGACACAUUUUCUCGACGACGUGAAGGCUGUAGCGAAAUCAUCGCCCGUAAACCGGCUCGUGGCAGGUAUGGUGCCAGCAGCGAUGAGUCUCAGGAUGCCUCUGGGUUCGCUAUCUCCAAUUGAAUUUCUAGUGAAGAAGGGUGUGGAAGCCCAUAUGAAGAGCCGGCGAACUGGUCCUGUCGGCGAGGUUCUUGAUCAUUGGAAUCGCCAUUUCUUUUACCCUCGCCGCAUGCUGGUUGUGCUGGCCCAGGGCCGAUAUGUCUACUCAGGAGCUGAUACGCUCCCAGUAGACAUGCUCAAGACUGAUGGGGAGCAGAUGCUCAACUCCGAUGGGGACAGCGACAGCGACACUGACGAUAACGGCUUGAUCCUCAGUACGGCAAAGACCGUGGUCGGGACUGCUGUGGGAGGUAUUCUGGAAGGAGGCAGAAAACUGCAGAAAAUUCAAAAGGAGCGGAAGAGGAAUAAGCAUGCUGCUUCGACCGCCAAUCAUCAGAAUUGGCGGUUGGUGAUAUCGUCGAGGCCCUACUUGAUGUAA